UAGAAAACCAACCACUUUUCACUUUGCUGCAUUCUUGAAUUUCUCCCCUUUCUUUAAUCCCACAACCGAAAACUGGAAUCUUUUUUGUUUCUAACCAAUGAUGAGCUUGUGAGGAAGAAGAUGGCAAUGGAGGUGAGCUGCAGCACCAUUUGGGACACUAUUUUGGUGCAAACUAAGGUGGCCCAAGACAAGGGCAGUGACCCAUUGCUGUGGUCAAUCCAAAUCUCCUCCAAUUUGAGCUCUGCUGGAAUCACUCUGCCUUGUGUUGAAUUGGCCAACCAUUUGGUUUCUCACAUUUGUUGGGAAAACAAUGUGCCCAUUGCUUGGAAAUUCUUGGAGAAGGCAUUAGCUCUCAAGAUUGUGCCUCCCUUUCUUGUUCUUGGAUUGCUUUCGCAAAGAGUGAUCCCGUAUCGAGGUUCUUGUCCAGCAGCGUUUAGGUUAUACCUGGAACUCAUCAAACGGCAUGCUUUUUCCCUGAAAGAGUACACAGAUUUGCCAAACUAUGAGAAGACCAUGUUUUCACUGGACGAAAUCCUCCAGUUAUCUCACCUAUUUGGCUUGCAAGCGAAUGAAGCUAGUGUGCUGCUGGUUCUCUUCAUCUUCUCUAUCGUUUGGCAGUUGGUUGACGCAGCAUUGGAUGAUGAAGGGCUGCUUCAGCUUGCGGAGAUGGAGCCUCGGUGGCCUGUCAAACCUCAAGAUAUGGAAGUUGAUAAUGUCCCCGGCAUUUUUGAAGGGAAGAGGAAAGAAUAUAAUGAGAGACUGAGAGCUGUUAAUACUGUCUUUGCCAUCGAGUUAUUGGGGGAGUUCUUACAAAAUAAAAUAACUUCAAGGAUUCUUCACUUGGCUGGCCAAAACAUGUGUACACAUUGGAAAAACUUCACUCAGCGAAUGGAACUUCUUGUUGAAAACUCCUCAUUUCUGAGAAACUCGAAAACCAUUAGACCCGAAGCUCUACUUCAGUUUCUAUCAGACACUCAAAGAAGCAACCAUCAUCACUUCAAGCCAAGCUUAGUGCAGGAGUUCCAUCCUACGUUACAAUCCAGACCUCUCAUUAACUAUGCUGGCCUCUGUCUUGGAACUAGCCGGUCUGCUCUCUGGCUUCCUCUCGACAUGCUUCUAGAAGAUGCAAUGGAUGGUUCACAAGUGAACGCUACAAGUGCCGUAGAAAUCAUCACAGGUUUGGUUAAAUCUCUUCAAGCAACUAAUGCGGCCUCUUGGGAUGAGAUCUUUCUCGGACUUUGGAUGGCUGCUCUUCGCCUUGUUCAGAGAGAGAGGGAUCCCAUUGAGGGGCCGGUGCCUCGACUGGAUACUCGUCUGAGCAUGUUGCUGUCAAUCACAACUCUCAUAGUUGCUGAUCUUGUCGGGGAAGAGGAAAGUGCAGCCAUGGAUGAGAUCGGAUAUGGUUUUGGAGCCGAGCAUCACGUCCCUGGGAAACGAAGAAAGGAUUUGAUAUUUAGUCUCCAGAAUCUACAGGAUUAUCAGAGCUUGCUCACACCACCACAGUCAGUCAUACUUUCUGCUAAUCAGGCUGCUGCUAAAGCCAUGCUGUUCGUUUCUGGCAUUAAUGCCAGUGCAUACUUCGAGUGCAUCAGCACAAUGGACAUGCCGGUUAACUGCUCUGGAAGCCUUUACCAUUUAAUUGUUGAGUCAUGUAUAGCUAGAAAUCUCUUGGACACAUCUGCCUAUUUGUGGCCCGGUUAUGUAAAUGGUCGCAUCAACCAGUUACCGCGCAAUGUACCAACUCAAGUUGGGUGGUCAUCAUUUAUGAAAGGGGCGCCUCUCACUCCCAUGAUGAUCAGUGCUUUAGUCUCUACGCCUGCUUCAAGCUUUGCAGAGAUUGAAAAAAUCUUCGAGAUAGCAACCAAAGGAUCAAGUGAUGAAAGGACAGCUGCUGCUUCUGUUCUUUGUGGGGCCUCGUUGAUUCGUGGAUGGAGCAUUCAGGAGCACAUUCUUUAUUUUAUAACUAGAUUACUAUCUCCUCCGGUUCCUGUCGACUAUUCUGGGAGCGAAAGCCACUUGAUAGCCUGUGCUCCCAUGCUCAAUAUUCUCCUUGUUGGAAUCUCACCAGUUGACUGUGUUCAGAUUUUCUCCAUUCAUGGCUUGGUUCCGGAGCUUGCUGGUUCAUUGAUGACAAUAUGUGAGGUCUUCGGUUCAUGCGUGCCGAACAUCUCAUGGACCCUGACCACUGGAGAAGAAAUAUCAGCACAUGUCGUUUUUUCAAAUGCAUUUGCCCUUCUUCUAAAGCUGUGGAGAUUUAAUCAUCCUCCCAUUGAGUAUGGAGUAGGAGACGUGCCUCCGGUAGGAUCCCAGCUCACUCCCGAAUACCUGUUACUGGUACGGAAUUCGUACCUAGUAUCAUCCGGUAACUUACUCAAGGAUCCAAACCGGAGGAGGCUUGCUCAGGUAGCAAGUUCUACAUCAUCCAAACCCAUAUUUGUGGACUCGUUCCCCAAACUAAAAGUGUGGUAUAGACAGCAUUUGUCUUGCAUAGCUUCUCCUCUCACCGGCCUCGUCAAUGGGACUCCUGUUCUUCACACUGUUGAUACACUACUGAACAUGAUGUUCCGAAAUAUAAACAGAGGAAACCAAACCGUGACAAUUGUCUCAUCCGGAAGUAGCAGCUCGUCCGGACCGGGAAGCGAGGAUGGUUAUCUGAGGCCUAAGUUACCUGCAUGGGAUAUACUCGAAGCUGUCCCCUUCGUGGCUGAUGCUGCUCUAACUGCGUGUGCUCAUGGAAGAUUGUCGCCUCGCGAACUCUGCACAGGGCUGAAAGAUUUGGCUGAUUAUCUUCCGGCAACUUUGGCUACCAUCGUGAGUUACUUCUCGGCUGAAGUGACUCGAGGAGUAUGGAAGACGGUUUUCAUGAACGGAACAGAUUGGCCGAGUCCGGCUGCUAAUCUCUCCAAUGUCGAGGAACAGAUCAAGAAAAUAUUAGCAGCCACCGGAGUCGAUAUCCCAAGUCUUGCUGCAGGAGGAAGUUCUCCGGCUGCACUUCCAUUGCCUCUGGCGGCAUUCGUGAGCCUCACCAUAACCUACAAGCUCGAUAAAGCCUCCCAGCGUUUUCUGGAUCUGGCCGGACCAGCUCUAGAGUCCCUUGCUGCAGGCUGCCCAUGGCCAUGCAUGCCGAUAGUUGCAUCUUUGUGGACUCAAAAGGCAAAGCGUUGGAGUGACUUCCUCGUCUUCUCUGCUUCUCGAACUGUCUUCCUGCACAGCAAUGACGCUGUUGUUCAGCUCCUUCGGAGCUGCUUCAGUGCCAUCCUUGGAUUCAACAGCAGCUGCAGCAUCUCAAGCAAUGGUGGGAUCGGAGCUCUUCUAGGCCAUGGAUUCGGGUCUCAUUUCAAUGGCGGGAUCUCUGCUGUCGCCCCGGGGAUCUUGUAUCUGAGAGUUCACCGCUCGAUCAGAGAUAUCAUGUUCUUGAGGGAGGAGAUAGUUUCGUUGCUCAUGCAAACUGUGCAAGACAUAGUCCACGGGGGCCUCCCGGGAAGGCCUAACAGCGGGAAGAACCAUGGCGGGGGUUCUUCUCUCGCUGCAGUGUUAACGAAGGUGAAGCUAGCAGCAUCGCUCGGGGCUUCUGUCGUGUUCUUAACCGGGGGGCUGGGGCUCGUGCAGUCGUUAAUCAAGGAAACUCUUCCAUCUUGGUUCAUGUCAAUGAACCAAGGAGGAGAGAGGGGUGGAAUGCUCCCGAUGCUCCGAGGCUACGCGCUGGCAUAUCUUGCUGCGCUGUCGGGAGCUUUCAUCUGGGGCGUCGACUCAUCAGCAUCAUCAGCAGCUUCAAAACGGCGGCCCAAGAUCCUCGGGUGUCACAUGGAGUUCGUGGCAAGUGCGCUAGACGGGAAGAUUUCACUGGGGUGUGAUCGAGCUACUUGGCGCGCUUAUGUGUCGGGAUUCCUGAGCUUGGUGGUGCGGUGCAUGCCUACGUGGAUACAGGACUUGGACGUCGAGCUGCUGAGGAGGCUGUCGAAGGGUCUGAGGCGGUGGCACGAGGCCGAGCUGGCCCUCGCUCUGCUCGGAGCUGGUGGAGUUGGGGUCAUGGGCUCAGCAGCUGAGCUAGUUGUGGAGAGUGAGUUGUAACUUCUGUUUUCUAACUUCGGAAAUUUUGUAGAUCAAUUUGAAUGAUUUGUACAGGAGAUAAGUAGUUACUAAUUUUAACAGAAACGUGUGUACAAAGUAGACAAGGAAGGUUUAUCAUUUCAAAUGUUGCAAUUUCAUAACGACCA